CACGACUGAUGCUAAAUUUUUCACAAAUUUUUAUUUUACCUAAUUGUCUAAUCUAUGCAAUUUCCUUAAUCAGAUAAGGAUUGCCAAUCUGCGUUACCUUCUGGCUUAAAAAAUACAAACUUUAAAAAGAGAAAACCCAUUGAUUCGGAUACAAAAACUAAUUUGAUACUUAGUGUAGUCAAAGAUCAUUUACCAAUAUAUUAGGUAUAAAAGUUUCUCAAUAUUUUUAGGCAGCCAUCAUCCAUAAAGUUAAAUAUUCAUCUGCUAAACAUAUUUUGAGAAAUUACUACAGUGAUACUGCUAAUUACUUUUCUCUUCAAAAAAAGAGAAGAAGAAAGAUAAUCUGUUGUGGUGUCUCAGCACUAAUAGAGAUUAACAGUGGAAAUAUAGUUCUAACUACAGAAUAGUGUUCCACAAUCCCUUAUAUUAAAAAUGGAGUAAAUGCCUAAAUAAAAUAAAAAGUAAUUGAUCAUCUGAGUGUAUCAAUUCAUAAACAAAUAUGUAAGUUUAAUUUCAAGAAGUUGAAUAAGGAGUUUAGAAUAGACCCAUUAAAAAAAUUGAAUAAAAUAGAAAAAAUUGAAAACAAAGUUAAUUUUCUCAUUUAGACACUUGAAAAAUAACAUAUAGAAAUGACAUAAUGAUAACUUACACAUUAUCUUUAUUAAUUAUAUAAAAUUUUUGCCC